CUCAAAUUCCUGAAACGAACGCAGCUGUUCCUGGAAUGUUUCCCAACAUGUUCUCCUUGGCGACUGGUCAGUUGGGUGCUCUUCCUGUCAUGCCAGUUCAGGCCAUGACUCAGCAGGCAACCAGGCAUGCUCGCCGAGUUUAUGUUGGAGGUCUUCCCCCUACAGCAAAUGAGCAGUCGGUGGCAACCUUUUUUAGCCAGGUUAUGGCUGCUAUUGGUGGAAAUACUGCCGGGCCAGGUGAUGCUGUUGUCAAUGUGUACAUAAACCAUGAAAAGAAGUUCGCUUUUGUGGAGAUGAGAUCUGUUGAGGAGGCCAGUAAUGCAAUGGCUUUAGAUGGGAUUAUAUUUGAGGGAGUUCCGGUGAAGGUGAGGAGACCUACUGACUAUAAUCCAGCCCUUGCCGCAACUCUUGGUCCUAGCCAACCUAAUCCCAAUCUCAAUUUAGCUGCGGUUGGCCUGGCUUCGGGUUCCACGGGUGGUCUUGAGGGUCCAGACCGCAUUUUUGUUGGUGGGCUUCCCUAUUACUUCACGGAAGCACAGAUCAGGGAGUUGUUGGAGUCUUUUGGACCCCUUCGAGGCUUUAAUCUUGUCAAAGAUAGAGAAACCGGAAACUCAAAAGGCUAUGCCUUCUGUGUUUAUCAGGAUCCUUCAGUUACAGACACAGCUUGUCUUACGCUGAAUGGAAUUAAAAUGGGUGAUAAAACUCUUACAGUCAGGCGUGCUAGUGAGGGGACUAGCCAACCUAAACCUGAACAAGAAAAUAUUCUAUUGCAUGCACAGCAGCAGAUUGCAUUGCAGAGGUUUAUGUUACAACCUAGCGGAAUGCCCACCAAAAUUGUAUGCCUGACUGAGGUAGUUAGUGCAGAUGAACUCAAAGAUGAUGAAGAAUAUGAAGACAUAUUGGAAGACAUGAGACAAGAAGGCGGAAAAUUUGGGAAGUUGGCGAAUGUGAUUAUUCCACGUCCAAGGCUAGAUGGUGAACCAGCACCUGGGGUUGGAAAGGUGUUCUUGGAAUAUGAAGACGCCGAGGGUGCAUCAAAAGCCAGAUCGGGGAUGAAUGGAAGGAGGUUUGGUGAGAAUCAAGUCGUGGCAGUGUUUUAUCCGGAGGACAGGUUUGCCCAGAUG